AUGGUUUAUUCCUCCUUGAAUACAGAAAAUGCUUCAAACAGCUUGAAACCAACCCUGCUAUCUAUCUAUCUAUCUAUCUAUCUAUCUAUCUAUCUAUCUAAAUUUUCAUAUCUAUCUACCUCUAUCUAUCUAUAUCUAUCUAUCUAUCUAUCUAGUCUGUUCCUAUUUAUCUAUCUAUCUCUCUUGCCUAUUCAUAUUUAUUUAUCUUUUUAUCUCCUCAUUUCAUAUUUAUCUAUCUAUUUCGUUUGUUCAUAUAUAUCUAUCUAUUUAAUCUGUUCAUAUCUAUCCAUUUAUUCUGUUUAUAUCUAUCCUUCAUUCUAUCUUUCUAUCUAUUUAGUAUGUUCAUACCUAUCUAUCUAUCUAUCUAUGAGAUUCAUAUCUAUCUAUCUAUCUAUCUAUCUAUCUAUCUCAUCUAUCUAUCUAUCUAUCUAUCUAUCUAUAUGUAAAUCUGUCAUCUCAGAUACUCCUUUCGAAUUUCUUGAAGAAAGUAACCAUUUUCCAGAAACUCCCUUCGUCUUCUCCUUCUGUAUUUUAAUAUUUCUUUUAUUUCUCUCCAAUAGAAUAUCUCACUCUCUCUUUAUUUACCUUGAUCUCUAA